CCUCCUCCUCGAUUCGCUGUGUGUCGAAGGGCUCGCGCCUGACGGGAACAGUUGCACAAGCGGCAGAGCAAGGACGCCAGACGACGAGAGACUCGCCACAUAAGGAACACGCGUAGACGUACUCGGCGGAAGCAUAACAUAUACCGGAGGCCCACGGUCUCGACUGCUCUGAUCUUGAUUCCUGUUUCGAUAUCUGUCCGGGCCUUCUUAAGCGAUGGACCGCGGCCAGCAGUCCGGUUCCAGACAGGCCACCUACCAGCAGCCACCGAUUUACCACCACCGUCCCAUUCAACCCGCUUUCAACACGGUUCCCCAACAGCAGAGCGGUCUUCCCUGGACGCGGAAUGACCAGACGGUCAAACAAGAAUCUAUGUCAGAACACAGCAAAGACGGUCCCGCCGACGAUGGCAUGCCCUCCACCUCUGACUUCGUCAAGAAGUUAUACAAGAUGCUCGAGGACCAGUCCUUCCAGCACGUCGUGUCAUGGGGCCCCCAUGGCGACUGCUUCGUCGUCAAAGACAUGAACGAGUUCACCAAAUCCAUCCUCCCCCGCAUGUUUAAACACUCAAAUUUCGCCUCCUUCGUCCGUCAGCUCAACAAGUACGACUUCCACAAAGUCAAGAACACGGACGAUAACACGUACGGCGAGCACUCCUGGACUUUCCGCCAUCCUGACUUUCACGCCGACCGUCGCGAUGCGCUUGAGAACAUCAAGCGCAAAGUGCCCGCUCAGCGCAAGAACACUGCCCCUCCUGCGCCACAGACACAUAUGCAGUCGCAGGUCGCGCGUAUGGAGCGUGAGAAGGAGGACAUGCAGGCUCGCAUGCGCACGCUCGAGCGCAACUACCAGGACGUGCUCGUCGAGCUCGUCGGCUUCCAGCGCGGUAUGGCGCAGCAGGACGGCCUCAUGCAAAAUCUUCUGCAAUACGUCCUGCGCAACGACAGCUCCGCACAGCUCGGGUCGAUGUCUGGCCUCGGCACACUCGGCGCAUCGUUGCAUCAAAUGAACGAGCUGUCGCGUCGGGCGACUGGCGGAGGCGGUGGAUGGGGCGAUGUUGGCGGUAAUGCGGACCAGGCGCGUGCACGAAUGCAGGCUGAGAUGGCUCGUGCAGCAGGCCAGAUGGACGGUCAAAUGGGCCAGAGCUCACAGAUGGGCCAAGCCCCGUCCAUGGGCCAGGGCUCGUCGAUGGGCGCAGGUCCGUCGAUGGGUCCAAAUUCUUCGAUGAACGCGCCUCCGAGACAGAAGACGGAGGACGAGGCGGAAGACGAGGUUGUCAUGCCCAGUCUGGGCGGCAGCCCGAGUGCGUCGUUGGACCUUGCGCCCCACCACGAGGGGCUGCAGGUCUACACGGUCGGGCAUCUCAUGCCUCGGUCGGAGAGCGGGUAUGAGCAGGGGCAGGCGGGGCCGAGCAGUGCUGGCGACGCGUCUUCGGGGUCGAAGAAGCUGCGCGUGCGCCGGUCAACGUUCGUCCCCGGCUGGGCAGUACCACCUCGAGUGCUGCUCGUCGACGAUGACGCCGUCAGCCGCAAGCUUAGCAGCAAGUUCCUGCAGAUCUUCGGCUGCGCCAUCGACGUCGCAGUUGACGGCGUCAGCGCCGUCAAUAAAAUGAACUUGGAGAAGUACGACCUCGUACUCAUGGACAUCGUCAUGCCGAAGCUUGACGGUGUAUCGGCGACCUCGCUUAUUCGCAAGUUCGACCAUAUGACGCCCAUCAUCUCCAUGACCGGUAACGCGAAGCCCAACGAGAUCAUGACCUACUACUCGUCGGGCAUGAACGACAUCCUCCCGAAGCCGUUCUCGAAGGAGGGUCUGCUCGACAUGCUCGAGAAGCACCUUAUGCACCUCAAGGUCAUCCAGCAGAUGUCGCGGGCAUUACCGCAGACGGUGUCCGAGAACGCAGACAUCAACUUCGGGCUCGGCGGCUGGGACGACGAUGGGAAGAUCAACCCGCUCGCGGGCAUGGGUCUUACCGACGAGCAGUACAACGCGAUGUUGCAGAACAUCGUCAACGGCGACGCGCUCGCCGGCGACGGAGGCUUCGGCUCCGGGGACAAGCGCGGGCGGGAGGAGGACAGUGACGGAGGCCCCGACGGCAAGCGCCCGCGAUUCGAAGUCAUCGAGUAAGCAGUCGAACGGUCUGCUGGGUGGACGCUUCUCGGUCAUUUUUUCCACGGUGAUUCCUUUUACCGUUGUUUAUCGCUUUCCUCUUUGCUGUUUGUACGCUUUGUGCCACCCACCAACCCGCCCACUCGUCCUAGAUCCCCCCCUCGUUCACGCUCCGCGGCGGACCACGAGUACGCCGCCUUUACGCAUACCAGUAAGCGCGCCCCAUACGGCCGCGCCGUCGACACGCCUAUCUCUACAGAACCCAACGCUACCGAAGCCAGCAGGGAGUGCGCCUACCACCUUUUAGGUAUCGGCGAUAGACACUGUAGCAAUUAUCAGCUCCGUGUAUCAGUAUGAUAAUCUGUCAAGUACACGUCGCAGUCUGUCGUACUUGUACCAUCACUGUACCAUAAUAGAGAACUGCGUCGUAGACUAUUUGCAUCUGUAUGUCAAUAUUUGUAGCCUCCACGUGGGGAAUACUGGAAGUCAUUUACUACC